GGUCCGUUUAGGCCCCGCCCCUUCGUCUUAUACGCCGUGACGUCGGCGCGCACUGUGAUCUCAGCAGAUUCUCCUGUACCCGCUCCAACACUGUCAACUCUGCACGGGAAGAGUCUGUCAAACGCGACACGAACAGCGUUUUAUCAGCAGAUUGAUCAUCAGACAUGGAAGCGGCGUCCUCAUCCCCCACUCAGUGCAGAUACAGUUAUGAAGUGUAUAAAGAGACAGCAGACUGGCUGCUGGCCCACACAGAGCAGCGUCCGAAAGUUGCCGUCAUCUGUGGUUCAGGCCUGGGUGGCCUGGCUGACAUGCUGAGUGACAAGAUUGUGGUCCCAUACAAGGAUAUUCCACAUUUUCCCGUUAGCACUGUGAUGGGUCAUGCCGGUCAGCUAGUGUUCGGGAAGCUGCAGGGCCGUGAGUGUGUCUGCAUGCAGGGGAGAUUCCACUUCUACGAGGGCUACAACAUACACACAGUGACGUACCCGGUGCGAGUCUUCUUCCUGCUAGGCGUGGAUACUCUGAUUGUGACUAACGCUGCAGGCGGACUCAACGACAGCUACAAUGUGGGAGACAUCAUGCUCAUUAAGGAUCACAUCAACAUGCCGGGUUUUGCAGGGCAGAAUCCACUGUGUGGACACAAUGAUGAGAGGUUUGGAGUACGUUUCCCUUGCAUGUCGGAUGCGUAUGAACGUGAACUGCGGGAUCUGGCCAAGCAAACAGCAAAGGAGCAGGGCUGCGACAGCUUCCUGCAGGAAGGAGUUUACUGCAUGCUGGCUGGACCGACAUUCGAGACCAUUGCAGAGUGCAGAGUCCUGCAGACGCUGGGGGCUGAUGCUGUGGGAAUGAGCACAGUGCCAGAGGUGGUGGUGGCUCGUCACUCUGGCAUGCGUGUCUUGGGUCUGUCCCUCAUCACCAACAAGGUCGUGACAGAUUAUGACAGCAAUGACAAGGCAAACCACGAGGAGGUGCUGAAGACCACCCAGCGCCGGACCCAGGACCUCCAGAGGCUCGUCAGCAACCUCAUCAUCAAGAUCUAGUGCCUUCAUUUACAAUCUGUUGGCAACUUUUUCCUGCCUCACAAUUUAAUGAUUAGUUACUAAUCAUAGAUAAUCGGUUAAAGGUCAUAAACAGUCAAAAGUAUGUGUAGGUGGUGAGCUGGGUGUGUUAUUAAGUUAUUAUCUAUUUGGGAAUUUCAUUGGUGUAGUUAGCUGGGGAAGUGAGUGAGAGGUUUUUGAGACAGAGAGCAGAGUUUAGACAAAUAUCUCGAGAAUGUCAACAUGCCAUUUAGAGAUGCUUGUAAUGGCCAGAAAUGGCCAAAGCUUUUGAUGUAUGUUGACAAUGUCAGUGCUAUCACAGCAAGACUGUCACAAGAUGGUAACUGUUAGCCUGGGUCAGUCCAGUAUAUACAUAUAUAGGGUGAGGGGUUAGGUUAGGUUAGUUAUAUUUCUGACAGCUAGCUAAAUGUGUUCCUCAGAGGUGUAGUGGUGUCUAUAAGUUUAAAGGGCAAAAACUAGCCAGUCUCCCAAUAAUAUAAAAGUUUUAAGAGAAACCAUUCUUACUCUUUAACUUACUCUUUAAAGGUCCAGUGUGUAACAUUUAGGCGGGUAUGUUGGCAGAAAUGGCUGGAGUAUGUUUUUAUAAGUGUAUGAUCACUAAAGAUAAUGGAGUCCGCCAUGUUGGGGAUCAGCUGGCACCUAAUUUCCUUUAUUUUGUGAUUGCUUGUUAUUAACAACUAACUGUGCAAUGAAUGUGAUCACAUCCGAGUUGUUUAUUUUGGAAGCAGAGAAAUCACUUAUUUUAAUAAUCUAAUAUAUUUAUUGAUGGAAAAAAUGUUACAAUGUGGCAAUGGAAUUAUCGGAAUCCUUGUCGGAUCUCCAUUGGAAAAGAAAAUAAGAGUUUAGCAGAAUGAGUUUCUGAAAAGUCUGUUCAAGAAUCGCUAGAAAAAGCACAAUAUAAUCUGAAUGAAAUACCUAAUCUGGCCCAGCAGUACUGAUGAUGAAGGUUUUCUGCCGUGGAUUGUAUUUGAAUCAGUUUUGUUUGCACACCAAAAGACCAAAACACUGUAAUAUCGCAGGGGGUGGCGGUUGGGGGUUGGGGGAGUUGCAGUUUUCAAUCUUCUCUGCGCAGAUCUGGAACCUCCUGCCAGGUUCCCUUGACCAUCUCAUUCAUUAGAGCUGAGAAGGCCAGAGAAAUCCUAGAUCAGCAGUCCAGCUCUUGGACAAUUUCUAUCAGGCUUAACAUCAAGAUGCUAAUGGAAGUCUUAAAGGGGAAUUACACUCAGAAAGAGGCAUCAUCGAAAUGUGAAAUCUGGAACUGUACCAAGCACAAUAAACAGGGAAACUUGUUAUACUG